GGUAACUAGCUACGUACGUUAUACAUUAAUAAUCUGAGCAAAUAUGUUAAUUUGGUAGUAUACCGUUGCCCCAUGGAUUGCUACAAUCUUUUCUCAUUGAAUCAUAAAGUAACACUAACCAGCUACAACCAUGGCAGAGUUACUUCUGGAUUCUAGUAUCCGAAUAUGGGUGGUCUUACCGAUUGUACUGAUCACAUUUUGCGUUGGUAUUAUCCGUCACUAUGUAACCCAACUCCUGCAAAGUGACAAGAAAGUGGAUCUUGAACAGGUGUCUGACAGCCAAGUCCUCCUGCGUAGCCGGAUUUUAAGAGAAAAUGGAAAGUACAUCCCUAAACAAUCAUUUGCCAUGCGAAAGCAAUAUUUAAAUGAUGUGGAAACUGGGUUCUUUAAGAAGGUCAAGAGGAAGGUCACCCCGAAAAACCCAAUGACUGAUACCAGCAUGCUGACUGACAUGAUGAAGGGAAAUCUAACCAAUGUGCUUCCCAUGAUUGUUAUUGGAGGAUGGAUAAACUGGGCAUUCUCUGGCUUUGUCAUCACCAAGGUUCCAUUUCCUUUGACGCUGCGAUUCAAACCAAUGCUCCAGCGUGGAAUUGAACUGUUGUCUCUUGAUGCAUCCUGGGUGAGCUCAGCCUCUUGGUAUUUCCUCAAUGUUUUUGGGCUGAGGAGUAUGUACAGCCUCAUUCUUGGACAGGACAACGCUGCUGAUCAAUCGAGAAUAAUGCAAGAUCAGAUGACUGGCACUGCCAUGGCAAUGCCACCUGAUCCAAACAAGGCCUUCAAGAGUGAAUGGGAGGCCUUGGAGAUUGUAGAGCACAAAUGGGCACUGGAGAAUGUUGAAGAGGAACUGAUGUCUCGAGACCUGAACUUUUGUGGGAUCUUCAGUCAAGAGAUUAAAACCACUUUGUUUUAAUGAGUUUAGCUGACAUAUCUAUUAGAUCCAGACAGUUUCUUUGAUAGUGUAUUAUCAUGGUUCUCUAAGGCAGUAAUAAAAAUGUCUCAAAUAAACAGAAGCCUAUACAUUUUUGGUUCAAGGCAAUAAAGACAAAAUGGUGAGUAGAAUUACCAAACUCGUAUAUUAUUUAUAAAUACUCAUGCCUCUUAGGUUGUUAAAACGCUACAUAUAAAUCAAAUGUGAAUUUUGCAUGUUCAUCUGUCAUGCAUUGGUUCAUUGUUAAGCCUUACUGUUCUGUGAAUGCUGAAUGAUACAAGUUAUCAGCAUCUAGGUAAAAAAAAAUUUGAAAUUCCUUUCAUGUUGAUUAAAUGUGUGUUCCUGUUUUCCAAAAAAGGAAAGGAAAAUAAUGCCAAGUGAAGAUAUUUGGCCAAUCUUUAAUUUAACUAUAAGCUUUAUUUGGCUGAAACUUUUGAAACUUAAAUUCUUUAUUAUUUUUUAUUAUCUAGCCUUAUCCUGGACUGUUUAGACAUAAUUUUUUGGAAUUAAUACAGUUUUGAGAGUAUACGCCGGCUAAAAUGAAAGUGAACGGGGCAACGGAUAUAAGUUGGAAAUUAUAUGAUACAUUCUGUUUUCCAAAAUGGGAAGGCCACUGUGUAUGGAUAUAGGUCUCCCUAUGUUCUCCAAAAUGAACUUUGUAUCAGUGGUUAUGUUCUCCUUGAAACCAAACUAUAUUUUUCAUAAACAAUGCACUACCUCUGAAAACGUCCGUACUCCAGCUAACAGCACAGUGCUGUUUCAAAAGAGCUGAACUAUGGUGCUGACCUCACUGGACUUUACUAGCUAGCAACAAGCACAAUUUACAGACAUUUAUCAAAAUGUUUCGAGAAUGUGCAGUCCCUUAUUUUGUUAGUAAAAUGAAAUCCAGCUAAUUGUCUAAAAGACAAUUAAACAAUCAGACAGGGAAAAUAACUGACAUGGCUGUUCCCAACAUAGUAGUAAUAAUUUCAGUACCUCCCCAUACUGUUCAUGCAGAACGGGACUUACGACAGAAUUAUCCAAACAGCUAUUACACGCCAACUUAGGGACUGGAUUUUGACCGGUUUAAGAUUAAUUCUAAAUAGUCAAUUCACGUUACAAAUGAACUUAAUGUAUAAUGAGUAUUACAAUUACAGUGCAAGUAUCAAAGAUAAAAGUUCUCUUGAGAUUCAAGAUUUUUGCAAGAGCAAAGAUGCAGGCAGAAGGGAAGAAAAUUCAAGAGUGCGCUUCCUCAUACUCCGCUCUGGUUUAUAUCCCAGAACUAAAGGCAUGGGGGUUAAUUUAUUGACCAAAAGAUAGCAAACUAGUCCUGAAGAAUAGACCCCUUAUUAAUUAGGGAGACAAUCCAAUUUAUGCCUCCUGACUAUAUUGUACAACGGAGUGAUCUAUUAAUGGGUUCAGCAUAGGGUCAUUAAGGCAUGACCUCUGGUUCUGUAGUCAGACCAGGGAUAAACAUUUGUAACAUAAACAUUCUGAUAAAAGAACAUGACCAGACACACAGAGUAUAGGCUAGAAAAGGACAAUUGAGGACAUAAUUAUAAAUGGCUGUACUAAAUACUGUUGAAUCCAGUAUGUAUAUAAACAUAGAAUUGUCAUUUUUCGGUUCCUUCAUUACAGAAUUGAGAGUUGUCCAUUGGGUUCCUUCAGCCUCUUUGGAGACUUGGAAUGUUUAAAAAAACUGCAGGGUUGAUAAGAGCUUGAAAGUCAAUGCCAUCUGUUGCACACAUUGGUGCCGAUUCAGCAUCAUCCAUGGACACAUCAUUGUUCUCGAUGGCAUUAGGUAGCAAUAAAUCCCACUCCUAACAUGAACUAGUUUAGUAAACAAACACGGUUACCGGAUAAAUACUCCUUGCAGAUUGAUUUGUGUUGUUUUACCAGCAGCUAAUAGAACCUUUGUUCGAGCUAGUAGUUUAUAGUAGCUAAUGUGAGCUACAGUUCUGUAAAUAAAGCCAGUUACAGAUACAGCAUUCUCACAGACAGAUUAAUCUGUGCGACAGCUGCUUAUACAUUUUCCAGAAAGCAUAAACAGCGAUAAGCAUUGAUACAGUGCUUGUUUUGACUCAAAUUGUUUUCGGAGAACAUACAGAGACUUACAUCAAUAUACCCUGGCCUUCCUGUUUUGGGAAACCUAAUGUAUCAUUUAAUUUGAAACGCUAUAUCCAUUGCCCCAUUCACUUUAAAAAAAUCAAACUUUCAAUACUGUAUUAAUUCCAAAAAAGAAAGUCUUCACAGUCCAUGAUUAGGCUAGAUAAUCUGAAAAAAGGCCCAAGGAUCAAAAAUAGCAAAUCUUUAAUUUAUAGAGGUUAUGAUUUGGUAAAAUAGUUAUAGUAAGGUACAAACUGCCGGUCCUUUAACAUGAUAGUAAAAUAUAUGUUUGUGUGUGUCUGCCAAGACCUCAUUAUUACUGAUUUUGUUUGAAUAGCUUUAAGUUAGUGUCCUUAUUUACUUUUAUUCAGUGGUGCACUGCUGUCACCAGAUUAGAUACUAUGUGUUUAUGAACAUAAAUAUUGGAUAAACAUCCACUUUGCUUCUAUUCAGUAGAUGCCUGACAUUUGGAGUUCAUAGUUUUGUAUUCGUCCCAGAAGAGAUUUUGAUAUGGGGGGAUGAUAUGUAUGUUAUCUAUUCUGUAACUUCUAAGUGUCUGUGGACAUUUUUAAAUAAAUGAAUUUAUGUAGUCUU